AUGGAUCAUCCUCCUCAUCAGCCAUUCCACGGUGGAUUUCAUCACCUUCCACCACAGCCGCAACAACAACAACAAUCAACACCUGGAAAGAGAGGACCAAAGAAGGGAAGUACAAGAGGUGGAUCUUCAGCAGGUAAUCGUACAAGUCAUCAACAAACCGUAUCGGCAAGUGCUUCAUCAUCUAGUUUGGCAAAUUCAACAUCUGGUGGUGGUGAUGGUGGCGAAGGAGAAUAUAGCUUUGAUUUACCAAGAUCAAAUGUGUUGAGAGUGAUUAGGAGAAUAAUUCCUGAUGAGGUACAACUUUCUAAUGAUACCAAAUUAGCCUUUUCAAAGGCUGCUGUUGUUUUUAUUAUGUAUCUAACUGCAACUGCUCAAGAACAAGCAACAAAACACAAACGAUCAACACUCACAGCUGAUGAUGUUCUUGAGGCUUUGGAUGAAUUGGAACUUGGUGAAUAUAAAGAUGAAAUGGUUAGAACUUUGAAUCAAUACAGACAAAGUCAAAAAGCCAAGAAGGAAAAGACAACAUCUAAAAAGAGAGGACCUAAAGGGGAUGAUGUGGAAGAAAUGUAA